AGAUCCCCACAGCUGCCGCCAAGCGAGCCCGGUCCGACUUGGCCUCUCCCCCGCCAAACAACGCCUCGACGCGACGACCCAGCCCAGCCCCGCGCCGCGAUGGCCAUGACCGUGAUCCGCCUCGCCGCCAUCCGCCCGCCGUCGGCCUCUUCCUCCGCCGCGUCCCCGUCGCUGUGGCCGCCCGCGCGGCUGCGCCUCCGCGUGAGGUGCCGCGCCGGCGGGGACGGAGGGAUGAAGAAGGAGGAGGGGGAGGCCGAGGCGCCCGAGUCGCUCUUCGCCAGGGAGCUCCGGCGGCGUGGGAUGGCGCCGGGGGCCGCCGCGCCCGCGGGCGCUAGCAAGGAGGCCGAGGAGGGGGCGCCGGAGGCCGGGGCCAAGCGCGGGGUGGCGGCCACCGAGUUCGAGCGCGGCGCCGCGGCGGACGGCCAGCGGGAGCGCUCCAUGGCGCUCAACAGCGAGGGCCUCGAGGGUCUUGUUCCUCGGGCGAAGUUACUGCUAUCACUUGGCAGCACCUUCUUUCUGGCGUUUGGGCCCCUGAUUCUUGUCACCGUCUCCCUUUUCGCUGUUUUAUACGUGUACUUUGGACCGAGUUUUGUACACGAUGCAAGCAAGACGCCGGUGUCGCCGCCACCGUACAUUGAUCCAUACGAGCUACUGGAGGACGAGAGGCUCAGCCGGCCCUCCCCAGAUGUGUUCUGAACAUGAACAGUGCAAGAACCAGUGCAUAAUUGAUUACAAGAAAUAGUCAUACAUAGCCCAAAACUUAUCUUUUUUACUAGACGUAUAGUUGUAAAUGCAACUAUAACCAUAGAGUGUUAUAAUCACUUAAUCAGAAGUUUUAGCACGUAGUAUUCCAUC